GAACCCUUGUGAGUGGUUUCAACGUUUUCCAGUCGGCAGUGAAAGCGCACUUCCGGCCUUCACGGAAGGUGUUGCACAGUCGUUUCCGAGGCGGUGUGAGGUGGAGGAGCCUUCCAAAUGGGUCGUAGCCGCUCCCGAUCUCCGCGGAGGGAACGCAGGCGAUCCCGGUCCACUUCGCGGGAGAGAGAACGCAGGCGCCGGGAAAGGUCUCGGUCCCGGGAGAGAGAUCGGAGAAGGAGCCGCUCUCGAUCCCCGCACAGAAGACGCUCCAGAUCCCCAAGACGACAUAGAUCCACAUCUCCUUCUCCUUCUCGACUGAAAGAAAGAAGAGAUGAGGAAAAGAAAGAAACAAAGAGCAAAGAACGUCAGAUAACUGAGGAAGACUUAGAGGGAAAAACAGAAGAAGAAAUAGAAAUGAUGAAGAUAAUGGGAUUUGCCUCCUUUGACUCAACGAAAGGAAAAAAGUUGGAUGGUUCUGUAAAUGCCUAUGCCAUAAAUGUGUCUCAGAAGAGGAAGUACAGGCAGUACAUGAAUCGCAAAGGUGGAUUCAACAGACCUUUGGAUUUCAUUGCGUGAGAAUUGAAAUGUUGAAGAAUGAUUUUUCCCCCCUCAUCAUGAUCAGAAGAGUGGAUUUUGUAUUUUGUAUUUCAUAUGCAUCAAAACAGGACAGGAUCACAGCCCUUCCUCCUUGUAAAGUAAGAAAAUUUUAUCUUUGAUGUGUGCAGUUCACUUACCUUGCCUCAAAAGAAGAAAUGUUAAAUAUUACAUUUUUUUCUUUUAGGAAGUAUCAUUUGGGGCAAUCAUCAGCCCCAUUUUUUGUCUUAUUCCUGUGGAAGCUGUAUAUGUUUUCUUCUUGGAUGCUCGUUAGGACUUUUUAAAACACAUAAAAAAGUAAUUUGGAUGUAAGUGUCUCAAAUAAAGCAAUUUCUGCCUCUCUGUAUUUGAUAAAAUUUUUAUUACUGUAUAAAAUAUCUCCCAGUACAUUUUCUUUUUUCAUGUCUAGAUUUAGAUAGGAUUCCUAGUAGUUAAAAAAUUAAAAGAAUGAAAAAGUAUAACUGGAUUUUUGUAUCUUCUGAGGGUUUUUUCCUCAGUACCACUUACUACUUUCCCCCAUUUUUAAAAGCAAUAAAUGCUUAUUAUUUAAAAACAAAAAACACAAAAAAACCCACAGAACAACGUGGGAUAAACCAAACAGUUAAAGAAAAGCCAAAAUCACCUAUAACCUUCCCCCAGGAACACUCAAUGUUAAUAUUUUGGUAUAUAUCUUUUCAGGAUUCUAUGGGUGUAUAUUUCCUACUCCCUACCAUGGGAUCAGAAUGCAAUUCUCUUUUGCUAAUCCUUUUUCUCCCAUGUGCUGUGAAUAUCUUUUUAAUAUUCUUACAUAUUCUUUGGAAACUUAGCUUUUAGGAGGUAGUUGGUUGUACCAUAAUUUUUUAUUAACUAAUCAUUUACUUGGUGAACAUUAGCUUCCCUGCCAUGAUUUGCUGUAAGUAGUAUCCCUGUUACAUAUAUCUUUUUGUACUUGUUGCAUUAUUUCCUUAGGUUUGGUUCUUAGAUGUGAGAUAAAAAGGUGUGUGCGCGCGUGCAUGUUUUAAGGGUUUUGGUACAUAUAUAUUGCUAGAAAGGUAAUGGACUCUGACAGUAAGGUAUAGGCAUUCUCAUUUCAUACACAAUUACUAAUAUUGGGUGUAAUAAUUUAUUUAAAGUUUCCAAUCUGGUGAGUAAAGUAUUGGUAUUUGCUUUUAAUUUAUUUAAUUUCUAGGGAGGAGGAACAUUUUAAAAACAUGUUAGCCAUAUAUAUUCCUUUGUAAAAUGCUAAUUCUAAAUCUUGGUUCCAUUUGUGUUUUGGCAAGUUUUCUUUUUCUUACUUGAAGGAAACUUUUUAUAUUGAAGAUAAUAAACAUUACCCAUUCU